GAACAGAUCAUUAGUGAGAGUGCAGGGUGGCAGAGCCACUGCCAGCCCCUCAGAUAGGCAAGCCCUGCUGGAGCCACAGCUGCCCUGGCGGGUCAGACGGAGGCCAGAGGGUCUGCAAGGUCUCUGGCUGGAGGAAAUGCUUUGCAGCAGCCGCAGGAUGGGCAGCUCCGGGAGGACGGUCCUCUGGGCUCUCUGUCUCCUGCAGCUGCUGGCAGCCGGCUCUGCCAAGAUCAUCUGGAAGCGUGCCCUGCGGGAGAGGCUGCCGGAGAGGUCCCACGUGGAGGAGGUGAGUGCCCCCAGCCACCGGCAGCCUCGUGCCGACCACUGCCCACCACCCCCGAGGACCCUGCCCCCUGGAGCCUGCCAGGCUGUGCGCUGCCAGGCUGACUCCAAGUGCCUGCAACACCAGCGCUGCUGCUACAAUGGCUGUGCCUACGCCUGCCUGGAGGCCGUACCACCGCCACCAGUUCUAGACUGGCUGGUGCAGCCGAAGCCGCGGUGGCUGGGAGGCAACGGCUGGCUGCUGGAUGGCCCCGAGGAGGUGCUGCAAGCAGAGGCCUGCAGCACCACCGAGGAUGGCGCGGAGCCACUGCUCUGUCCCUCUGGCUAUGAGUGCCACAUCCUGAUCCCAGGAGACAUGGCUGAGGGCAUCCCCAACCGAGGGCAGUGUGUCAGGCAGCGCCGGCAAGCAGAUGGGCGAUUCCUGCGACGCAAAUUUUACAAAGAAUAUCCAGAUGGUGACUCCAAGUAUGUGGCAGAGCCGGGAAGGAACAACACAGGCCCUUCCAAUAAAGCACCGGGCAGAUCGUGGAGCGACGGACUCACCGGUGUCGUGGAGCAAGUGACAGGGAUGAGGAACAGAACUCCACGGGGCCAGCGAAGGUCCCAGGAGGAGGUGACAUGGAGCCUGAGGACUGGGCACCAGAAGGAGCCACCUGCGCAGGGCCAUGAGGUCGCAGCACCCAGGUCUCCACCCAUCACGGGCACAGAAAAGCCUGCAAACACACGCGGCCCCUGGAGCUGGGAAGGGAAGCAACACUUGUCGGGCUCCAGAGUACAGGCCCAUGAGCACGAGCACUCCUCCACUUCCUAAGCCUUGGACAUAGCAGGGGACACAGCUGGGCUCCAGAGCUCAGGCUCUGCCCUACAGAGCUCCUUAGAGACGGGACAAGUGGCUCCAGAAGCCGGCCUGGCCCCAGCCCAGUCUGCAGGUGUCCUGAGCAGCUCUGGGUUCCUGCUUUGCACCCUGGGCCCUGAGCAGCCACUCCACCAUCUUCACACUAGGAAGAAACCACUGCCCUCAAUGGGGUAAAGGCCUCUUUCUGCAUUGGAGUUCAGCAUCUUGGUUUAUUUUGCGCAUUACUUCCGGGAGGCAGUGCCUGUUCCAGAUGUUCUCAGAAUAAAUUUGCCCAU